AUGGUGGGACUUACUUCAGCCGGUGGUAUUAUUGCCUUGCUCGACGAGUCAGAAGAAGAGUUAAAAGUAUAUGCACUUAGAAAGCUAAACACCUUAGUUGAUCAGUUUUGGGCCGAGAUUGCAGACGCGAUUUCUAAAAUCGAAAUCCUGUACGAAGAUGAGGAAUUUCCUCAGCGUGAACUUUCUGCUCUUGUUGCAUCAAAAGUGUACUAUCAUCUCGGCGAAUUCGAAGACUCUUUAACUUUUGCUCUAGGCGCAGGAAAUUUAUUUGACGCGUCAUCAAAAUCAGAAUACGUUGAGACUAUUAUAUCAAAGUGUAUAGACCGAUAUAUCACCUUGCGUGUUAAACAUUACGAAGGUCCUUCCGGUGAAAUCGAAAUCGAUCCCCGAUUAGAAGAUGUUGUUGAACGAAUGUUUCAAAGGUGUUACGAUGACGAUGAAUUUAAACAGGCCAUCGGUAUCGCACUGGAAUCGCGUCGUUUAGACAUAAUUGAGCAGGCAAUAUCGAAAGGAAACGCUUCUGAACUUUUGAGCUAUGUGCUUGAUGUUGGCAUGACAUUGGUGCAUAACUUGGAUUUUAGAAACAAGGUUUUGGGACUAUUAGUCAAAGUAUAUCAAAACCUCGAAGAACCCGAUUAUGUUUCAAUCAGUCAAUGUUUUGUACAUCUUAAUGAUCCAAUUUUAGCCGCAAAAUUAUUACAAGAUCUUGUCUCAAAAGGCGACGAUGAUUAUUUGUUGAUGGCCUAUCAAAUUGCAUUUGAUCUUGAAGAGAAUGCUACACAAGAGUUCCUUCAGAAAGUUGUAAGCCAGUUACCUUCUCCUGCUGCGGCGGCGGCGGUUUCUACAUCAAGUGCAGCGGAAAAACAAGAUGCAAUGGAAACAGACGAAGCAGAGGAACCGAAAACCCAGCAAAGAGAUCCUAAUGAAGAGAAAUAUACUCGGAUACGUAGCAUUCUCUCGGGAGAAGAAUCAAUUAAAUUACAUUUGGAAUUUUUAUAUCGCAACAAUCACACGGAUUUAUUAAUUCUGAAAAAUACUAAAAAUGCUUUAGAAUCUCGUAAUUCUGUUUACCAUUCGGCUGUUACAUUCGCUAAUGCAUUCAUGCACGCUGGCACCACAAGUGAUGAAUUCCUUCGUCAGAAUCUAGAGUGGCUUUCACGUGCUACCAAUUGGUCAAAAUUCAGUGCAACUGCCGCGUUAGGAGUGAUACAUAAAGGACAUUUAUCACAAGGUCUUGCUUUGCUGGCACCUUAUUUACCCCAAGAAGGUGUAAACGCUAGUUCUUAUUCCGAAGGGGGCUCAUUGUUCGCGUUGGGUCUCAUUCAUGCAAAUCAUGGCGCUGGAGUGCUCGAUUAUCUAAGGAAUGCGUUAAAUAGUACCACUCAGACUGAGGUAUUGCAACAUGGCGCUUGUUUGGGUCUUGGUGCUGCUGGUACAGCGACUGGAAAUGAUGAGAUAUAUGAGGAACUCAAAGCUGUAUUAUAUAGUGAUAGUGCUGUUGCUGGCGAGGCAGCAGGACUCGCAAUGGGUCUUGUGAUGCUUGGAACCGCAUCAAGCAAGGCAAUUGGGGAAAUGUUGCAAUAUGCCCACGAUACUCAACAUGAAAAAAUUAUUCGUGGAUUGGCAAUCGGUAUCGCUUUGAUAAUGUAUGGCAAAGAAGAAGCAGCAGAUGCAUUAGUGGAACAGCUUAGUCGGAAUAAAGAUCCUAUAUUGCGUUAUGGCGGUAUUUAUACAGUAGCAUUAGCUUACUGCGGCACAGGCAAUAAUAAAGCAAUUAGGCGGUUAUUGCAUGUUGCUGUCAGUGAUGUUAACGACGAUGUACGUCGUGCUGCCGUGACGGCUCUAGGGUUCCUCUUGUUCAGAACACCAAAGCAGGUUCCUCGAAUAGUUCAACUUUUGUCAGAAAGCUAUAAUCCGAAUGUACGAUAUGGGGCUACUCUAGCUUUGGGUAUAUCCUGUGCUGGAACUGGAUUGACGGAAGCCAUUGAACUUUUAGAGCCAAUGACUAAAGAUCCAGUUGAUUAUGUUCGACAAGGUGCUUUUAUUUCUCUUGCGAUGAUUUUGAUACAACAGAAUGAUGCAAUAAAUCCAAAGGUUUCUGCUAUCCGUAAAUUAUACGAAAAAAUAAUCAAUGAUAAACAUGAAGAUGCGAUGGCAAAAUUUGGAGCUGUUCUUGGUCAAGGAAUUAUCGACGCUGGUGGCAGAAAUGUGACAAUUUCCUUGCAAUCAAGAUCUGGCCAUUCGAACAUGCCUGCCAUAGUUGGUAUGGCAGUAUUCACCCAAUUCUGGUACUGGUUCCCGUUGACACACUUUUUGAGUUUAUCGUUCACAUCUACUGCUAUUAUUGGUUUAAAUAAGGAAUUGAAGUUUGUUUCCAAUGCAAAACCUUCGCUAUUUGCUUAUCCUGCGACUACAAAACCUCCGGCGACAAAUGUCGUAGAAAAGGUUGCGACUGCUGUACUUUCUACAACUGCCAAAGCUAAAGCAAGAGCGAAGAAAUCGGAAAAAGAGAAAGGACAUGAAAUCCCCGAUGCGAUGGAAACGGAUGAGACUAAAGAAGAUAAAAAAGGAAAAAAGAAAAAGGAAGAAUCGUUUGAAGUUCUAGAGAACAUGGCAAGAGUAUUACCCGCACAGUUGCAAUAUAUAUCAUUCAAAGAAGAUUCACGAUAUAUACCUGUAAAGAAAGGAAUCGUGGGUGGAAUUUUGAUGAUGAAGGAUCAAAAACCCGAUGAACUUGAAGAGCUGAUUCUACCUAGUGCACCAGCUGCAAACGAAUCUGCGGAAGAGGAAGAAGCUCCUCCACCGGAACCCUUUGAAUAUCCGUUCGAUGAUUAA